AUGAGGGAUGGAGGAUUGAAGAGGCUAGAAGACUCUAAUGCUGACACUAAUCUCCAUUCUAAUGCCGAUACUAAUCUACACACUAAUGCCGACACUAAUCUCCACACUAAUGCCGACACUAAUUUUCACACUAAUGCCGACACUAAUUUACACACUAAUGCCGACACUAAUCUACACACUAAUACCGACACUAAUCUACACACUAAUUUUCACACUAAUGCCGACACUAAUCUACACACUAAUGCCGACACUAAUCUACACACUAAUACCGACACUAAUCUACACACUAAUACCGACACUAAUCUACACACUAAUACCGACACUAAUCUACACACUAAUACCGACACUAAUCUACACACUAAUGCCGACGCUAAUCUACACACUAAUACCGACACUAAUGCCGACACUAAUCUACACACUAAUGCCGACACUAAUCUACACACUAAUACCGACACUAAUCUACACACUAAUGCCGACACUAAUCUACACACUAAUACCGACACUAAUCUACACACUAAUGCCGACACUAAUCUACACACUAAUGCCGACACUAAUCUACACACUAAUACCGACACUAAUCUACACACUAAUACCGACACUAAUCUACACACUAAUGCCGACACUAAUCUACACACUAAUACCGACACUAAUCUACACACUAAUUUGGCCUCUAAUGUUUGCACUCAAAGUGUAGCUCUUGCACCGAAAUAUGUCAAUAGAUUUAUUUUAUAUUUCCUUGCAAGACAUUCAGCCAUAACUUCAAAAGCACAAAACCAUUCAAGUAUUCUACCUGCCUCUUGUUGGUUCCGGCGAUCGAGGCUCUGUCGUAAUACAUAA